AUGAGUGUACCAGAUAAGGGAACAGGUGCUGAAGUUAGAAGGAUCUUGGUUGGAAACCUGGCUCAUCGGUGGACGCCGAGCAUCCGCCCACUGGCCUCUCGUGACUCGGGCUACUUUGACGCACUGGGAUGCGGCUCACCUGACCCUCCGCACCAACCGUUACCAAGAAGGAAAACCAACUCCGUGAAAAUAAAAUGGGGCCCCAAGGAAGCUCGCGGAAAGCCAGGGGGCCACGCCGCUCCCGAACCUCGGCGGCGUCCGCACCUGCCAGGAGAGGCCGCGGCCAGGGGCCGGGGCUCGGCCGCGGAUAAGGGGCAGCCCGGUCCCGGCCCCUCACUGUCCGCCCUGCUUGGGGGCCGCCCAGGCUCCCGAGGGCAGUCCGCGUCGCGCGGGGCGCGUAGCCGCCUCCCAGCCCGGCCCCCGGGCCGGCCCGCGAGCCUCCCCGCAGCGGACGCGGCGGCGCCCGCACCUGCCCGGCGCCCUGCGGCAGCCCCUGCGAGCGCCUUCACCCACCUGGCGCGCCUGCCGCGCCUCCCGCACGUCACAGCGCGACCCCGCGCCCCUCGGCACCAGCAGCGCGGGCGCGGACGGACGCCGGGAGACCCUGCUCGGCAGCCGCCGCCGCCGCCGCCGCGCCUGCUUCGUCUUCAGGCCGCGGACAGCGAACCUGUUGCGCAGCCUGUCACGGCCGCUCGGGCUCCGCGGCGCCGCCUCAGCCCCACAACAACAUGGCGGCCGCGGCCUCCGCAGGAAGCCGGGGGGCGGGGAGGGAGGCGACGGGCCGGGCAGCUGACGGCCCGCCCGCCGCCGGGCACCGACUCCCCCACCCUCAGGAACCUGAAAUUGCCCCGGCGCGGCUCCGCACCUCCAGAGCCCCGGGUACCGAACCCCGCGGGCCUGGUCCUAGUGCUCCGCUCUCCCCUCGGGGAGGCCCCGAAGCCCCGGACCCGGCAGCCCUUCCUGGAGGGGCGCCGACCCACCUGGCUCCUCCUCCCCGAGGUGACAUGUUGA